AUGAGUCGUGCGCGUGCGCACGAUACUCAAGUGCAUGUCUCAUCCGAGAUGAAGCAACUCCUACGGCGUCAAAAAAUACAUGAAUUAGCACAACUUGCAGCUAUGGUGCUUCAGGAGCGUUGCAGUCAACAACGCCACUUGGAGUAUGUGUGUAAUACAAGUUUUAGCAGCAGCCAGAUUCCGCAGAUAUCUGUGUUUGACUAUAUUCGCCGUAUUGCCAAGUACUCCUACUGCUCACCAGAGUGCUUCGUGCUGAGUAUUAUUUACAUUGAUCGGUACUUAUUCGCGACGAAAUUCCCACUGACGUUUCGUAAUGUUCAUCGACUGAUGAUAACUGCGGUGAUAGUGAGCGCAAAGCUUAGGGAUGACACCCACUACAGUAACACGUACUAUGCGAGCCUUGGUGGCAUCAGUACCGCGGAGUUGAACGGGCUGGAACUUGAAUUUUUAAAGACAAUUGAUUGGAUGACUUGGGUGGAGCCGAGUCAGUUUGAGGAAUACCGUGCAGGGUUGCAAACGCGAUAUUUGGAAUGCCAGCUUUUCUCCGUGUCGGUUGAGAACUCGGAGUAUGGCACUAGUAGCACGGGUGGAGAGCGGGACACCCCACAGUGA